AUGACCACAAGCGAACCAACCCGAAAGCCCCCCCCACCUAAAACAUGGCGCACCCGAAUAGCACAGAUCCUUCACCAACCUGCCCCUCCAAAUGACACCGACUGGCGGGCAGCAAGCAAGAGCUCACGAGCACGCGCAAGCCUGCCAGCCGCACGGGCCCCGCAAACGCACCACCCCGCAGCACGUGCAUACGCGCCCGAAAACGACGGCUGCCGAGCACGGCCGGGAAGUGUGUUGACACGUAACACGACGCCCACCACGCCGACGACCGCGAAGCGCAGACCGGACAUCAGCCCGCAGGAGCGAGAGCCGGGCAAGUCGGAAAGGGGACAGCCGCACCAGGACACAAGCAGGCGCCGAGCCAAAAAUGCGAGAACCAACGAACAGAGAGAGCCCUUUGGCGGUCACUUACCAACCGGGACGUGCCCCGACCACCACAAAAACAGCCGACCAACGCAAGACACGAAGAGCCCCCACAGUGAGCAACGGGGCAGAAUGCAGAACACCCAAUACACGCCAGCAGGCAGGAAACCAAAGCCGCCAGCCCGGCAAGCAGAAACGCACGCCGGAGCGCGAACGCCAAAAAAGGCGCUCCGCAGAGACGCGAAACCAGGGAAACAAGACACGCCGCCCACUGGCCCCACCACGGCCCGGACCGAGGUAACACGCCCCACAAGAAAGCCGGGAGACGAAACCGUCCAACAAGCCAGCGCAAUGACCGCCAGCCCGGUCCGCGACCGACGCCAAACCGGUGCAACAGCCCCGCCCCCCCCCCGCGUGCAGACUCGCCCAAGCCGCCCCCACCGUCGCCUACCCAAACCAGGAGAGCAGAGAGGCGGAAAAGCCCGAGAAAACCCGCACCAGACACAACACGGGGCACAGGACCCCCUAGGUGGGCCAAACUGCGCCACCCAGACGCGGGCACCCCUAUACCAGCCGGCAACCCGCCUUCAAGGCAGCUGGACGAGCCCACAGCCAUUGAACGCCCCAGCCACCUCAGCCCCCAGCCGCAAAGAACACGACCCAAACCCCCGUUACAACCCCGAGAUAUCCCAGCCAGACGCCAGCAACGCCGCCAAAAACGCAACAACCAGAAGACGGACAGAAAGCACGCGGAGGACAAUUAUCUGA